AUGGACAAUAACCACCCCCAAGCCGCUCCUAGCGCACAACCAGCGUUUUGCCAACUCCCAGGUCAUAUAAACAUCCAAGCCGCACCUCUUCCCCCCUACCCCCUCUACUAUCUCGGCCUCCCAGUCCCCCAAUUCACAACCCUCACCCAAACCAACGCCUGGAUCAACCACCCCAUCCUCCACCCCAAUUUUGACCCUCACCCCCUCCCUGAUGAUCACCCAGCCGUUCCCUAUCCAGCUGAGCCUGGCAUGCAAUGGCUAGGCUACAUAGCUCCUUCUGCCGGCCGCUAUAUCCCAAUGGAUAACCCCGCGCAUUGUACAAAUCCAUACGAUAUCAAUGGAGCACGUGGAUUCCCUCCACACACCCCUCCAGCACAUCCGGUAUAUCCUCCUCCUAUCCUCCCCCCUCAAAUCACCUACCAACGACCAGCUAGCCAUCUAGCUCCAGCUUUACGCCCCCACCAUCCUCCUCCACAUGAUUCUCGCUUCGCACCCCCUCCUCCUGUCGGUUACCUUGCUGGUGGUCUCCCAGGCCUUCAAAACAGCCUUCUAAAUACCAGUCAUGGUCUAAAUGGCCCCCCUAUCGCCAAUUCAAUGGCUAAUUUGGCCGUUACUGGCUACCGUGACGAGAACAAUCUGGUAGCGAUGGAGAAUCAGCGAAUCUUGAGGCAGAUUGAUAUUCCGGAUGAACCAGAGAGGAUGGAGGAAUUCUGUGAGGGAACCAGGAGAGAAGCGGAGAGACUGCGGCCUAUUUGGGAGAUGGAGCAAGGUAGUGGUGCUUUGAGUAGUUUUGGUCCUAUGAGUGCAAAUACCGGGGGUAGUAGUGGGGAAUGGGGUGACGGAGAGGUUAGAGAUAGUGGGGAGGAAGAGGAUAGCCUCAGUGAGAGUGACAUUGAUUACGACGGAUAA